GGUUUGACGACAUUCAAAGGCUUCGUUAUGAAACCUUCAUCUGGCAAAAGUUGUAAUGCUUACUAAUUGCAAAAUUAAUUAUUUUUAAAAAUUAAUUGUCGCACGUGGCGCUCUCUAGCGAAAAACGACGCAAACUACUUGCCAAUUUAUCGACUGAUCUUCCGGCUGCUAACUCCUUGCAUCCCUGUUUAUAAUAUGUGCGAAGCUGUUUUGUGGUUACAAAUAAUGAGCUAAUAAAUUGCAACUAUACUUACAUGAAUUAAAGAAAGAUGAUAUGAUUAUUAUGAACAAAUAUAGUUCAAACAGUAGUUACAGUAUAAGAAUACAAGUUACCAAACGGAAAUUGUUAUUAAAAUAAAGAUAACCAAAAGAAAGUUUUAAGUAAUUUAUUAAUUUUGAAUAAUCAUAAAUAAGAUAAUGUCAGGACCAAUGGUAUUGUGCCAGUUAUGGAUGGGUGGUCUAGAACCAUAUAUGACAGAAAGUUUUAUAAUGAAUGCUUUUCAUAAAAUGGGAGAACAACCUCAAACAGUGAAAGUAAUGAGAAAUCGUUAUACGGGUGAACCAGCAGGUUAUUGUUUUGUUCAUUUUCCAACCGAUGAAAUGGCUCUUGAUGCUAUGCACAAAUUAAAUGGGAAAGUGAUUCCUGGUUCUAAUCCAGCUGUAAGAUUUCGAUUAAAUCAUGCCAGUACGACGGGAAAGCCAGCAGCAGAAAGAGAAUUUAGUAUAUGGGUUGGAGAUUUAUCAACAGAUGUAGACGACUAUUCUUUAUACAGAGCGUUCGCUGCCAAAUAUAAUUCGAUUAGAACGGCAAAAGUAAUUUUAGACAGUUCUGGAUUUAGUAAAGGAUAUGGUUUUGUUAGAUUUGCUAAUGAGGAAGAACAGAAAAAUAGUUUAGUCACUAUGAAUGGAUACAGAGGAUUAGGAACGAAAUCAUUAAAAAUUUGUAAUGCUGUUCCAAGACCUUGGAAUAAAAUAGCAGGAUCUACACCUCCGCAGUCGUCAUCCGAAUAUACACCAUCAAAUAUGAAUUCGGAUGCGUAUAAUUACUAUGAUACAUCGUCAUACUGGAAUAGUUAUAGCGCAUGGCAACAAGGUUAUUAUGAAAGCGAACCCACAUCAGAUGGGUAUAAUAGUUAUGUAUCAGAUCAGAAACCUGAAGAAGAUGAAUUAGAAUUGAUUGAACAUUCAGUUCCCAUAGAUAUAGAUAAACUUAAUAGAGAAACAAUAGAACAAGACUACAAUUUAUGGGAUGCAUUGGAAAGUUCAAAAUGGAUUCCGUGUGACACUUUAGAAUUAUGCUAUUAAAAAUUGUGUAUAUUUUAGUAUUUAUGUAUUUUUACCAAUAGCUACUACGUACACUUUAA